UGGUGUAGCGGUGUGCAAGUAGCAUCAAACCAUGACAAACAAAUCCACUUCAAAUGUACUAUGUCUUUAUUCUUUCCCCAUCUUUCAUUUAUCUUGAGAAUUUACUAUUCACAGAAGAUUAGAAAGACCGAAGUAAUUCUCUUAAAAAAGCAGAAUAGUUAUAAUUCAAGAACAUUCUUUUAAUUACUUCUCUUCAUCUUAUUCAUACUUCAGUUUGUGAUGUUACUAAAUUUAACUCUGAAUAGUGAAUACCCAAAUUCUGGAGAGAGAAAAUGUGGUCAAGCUUGAAGAAGGGUGAUGGGGAUUGGUUUUCAAGCAGCUUCAGGAGAGAACUGGGUUUAACUCAGCCUAGAUGUUUCUCUCGUCGUCUUUCUGCGUCUCAGAUUUUUACGCGUGGUGCUGGUUGCCCAAAAAAGAUUUCUUGUUUGUCUGACUGCUGUUGCACUUUGAUGCAGGGGCUUGUCCAACAACUUGACCUGUAUGCAAAGUUAGUUGGUCAUGAGGGCUGUGUCAACACUGUGGAAUUCAAUUCGACUGGCGAGGUUUUGGUGUCAGGUUCAGAUGAUAAACAAGUUAUAGUCUGGGAUUGGGCAUCAAAACGUAAAAUCUUUGCAUAUCCAUCUGGCCACUUAGAGAAUAUUUUCCAGACUAAGAUAAUGCCGUUUAGUGAUGAUAGGGUUAUUGUCACGUCCGCAGCAGAUGGACAGGUGAGGGUUGGUCAAGUCUUGGAGGAUGGUAGUGUUGAUACAAAGAGGUUAGGGAAGCAUAGAGGAGCUGUCUUCAAGCUUGCUGUGGAGCCUGGAAGUCCUUACAUAUUUUACAGCUGUGGCGAGGAUGGCUUUGUUCAACAUUUUGAUCUGCGAAGCAAUUCUUCUACAAAGCUCUUCUCUUGUUGCUCCUUUGCAGAAGGUGGCAGGUCGGAUUUUACUAGUAGUGUCAGAUUGAACGCAAUUGUGACUGAUCCAAGAAACCCUAAUUAUCUUGCUGUGGGGGGCUCUGAUGAAUAUGUGCGUGUAUAUGACAUGAGAAAAUGUCAUUGGGAUGCAUCCAGUAAUUUGGAUCAACCAGUAAAUACCUUCUGUCCUCAUCAUCUCAAGGAGAGUGGCAAUGCUCACAUCACUGGGUUAGCUUACUCUCAUGCAAGUGAACUACUUGUUUCAUACAACGAUGAGCUCAUUUACUUGUUUCAGAAGAACAUGGGAAUGGGCACGAAUCCAAGGUCUACUUCAGCUGAAGAGCUGGAGAAACUUUAUGAUCCCCAAGUUUAUUGUGGGCAUAGAAAUUCACAAACUGUUAAAGGUGUCAAUUUUUUUGGUUCCAAUGAUGAAUAUGUUAUCAGUGGAUCGGAUUGUGGCCAUAUCUUCAUUUGGGACAAAAAAGACACCAAACUUGUACGUUUGAUGGUUGGAGAUAGACACAUAGUAAAUCAGCUUGAGCAACAUCCAUCCAUGCCUGUCCUAGCCACUUGUGGUAUAGAAAAGAGUGCUAAAAUCUGGUCUCCGGUGUCAAAGAAAGUUCGCCCCCUACCUGCUGAUGUAGAUGAGAUUAUGGAGUCCAACAGGCAAGGAAGAGAGGAUCAUUCACGGGUGACCCUCACCCCUGAUGUUAUAAUGCAUGUAUUACGGCUACAGAGACGACAAACACUGGCUUUUGUCGAAAGGCGGCCCAGGAGAGGCAAUAGUGACAGUGAUGAAGAUGAUAGUGAAGGAGAGGCUUAUGUAUUAAGGUUUUCUGAUAGAGAUGCUGCCAUCGAUGAGGACCCUAGAGAAUGCAACAUUAGCUAGUUUUCACCUUGUAGAGCAGAGUCUAUGUUUUUUUUCUUAUAUCUGUAUCGUGGUCCUUUUUUAAUUUAUACUUCUUUUCCUCUGUGCUGAUCACUCCAUACCUGUAAGGCUGUAAUGUGUAGGGUGCUUGUAUUAUAUUGUUUAGGAUUUACAAUAAAUAAACUAAGAGGAAUAUCACUUUUCUCGCGGAAGCAA